UGGCCACCAGGGGGCCAAGCGCAAGUUCUAAGUACCCGUCCCGUCGGUGAGAAGGCAUCCGGGCACGGAGCUGAGUCGCUGAAGGCUGGCUGAGGAAACUGGACCAGGCCACAGCUCGACAAGAACGUGUCCAGCAGGACCAGCAGAAGCCGCGCAGGGGUUUCAGGGACUUUGAAUAUGUCGGGGAUUGCCCUCAGCCGACUUGCGCAGGAAAGAAAAGCUUGGAGGAAGGACCACCCCUUUGGCUUUGUGGCUGUCCCGACAAAGAACCCUGAUGGCACGAUGAACCUGAUGAAUUGGGAGUGCGCCAUCCCUGGAAAGAAGGGGACUCCAUGGGAAGGAGGCUUGUUCAAGCUACGGAUGCUUUUCAAAGAUGACUAUCCGUCCUCGCCACCAAAAUGUAAAUUUGAGCCACCACUGUUUCAUCCAAAUGUGUAUCCUUCUGGCACAGUGUGCCUGUCCAUCCUGGAGGAAGACAAGGACUGGAGGCCAGCGAUUACGAUCAAACAGAUCUUAUUAGGAAUACAAGAACUUCUAAAUGAACCAAAUAUUCAAGACCCAGCUCAAGCAGAGGCCUACACAAUUUACUGCCAAAACAGAGUGGAAUAUGAGAAAAGGGUUCGAGCACAAGCGAAGAAGUUUGCCCCCUCAUAAGCAGCGGCCCUGUGGCUCCAUGACGAGGAAGGGAUUGGCUUGGCAAGAACUUGUUUACAACCUUUUGCAGAUCUAAGUCGCUCCGUACAGUUACUAGUAGCCUGGGAGGGUUGAGCGGGCGCCAUUUUCCAUUUCCGCCAUUGGCAUAUACAGUCUCAAUUCGCUGAAUUGCCCCGGUUUUUCAUACAGGGUCUCUUCCUUCAGUCUUUUGUAUUUUUGAUUGUUAUGUAAAACUUGCUUUUAUUUUAAUAUUGAUGUCAGUAUUUCAACUGCUGUAAAAUGAUAAACUUUUGUACUUGGUAAGCCCCUAGGAGCUAGUUUCUUUGCGCUCGGAUGCAGGCAUGCUUCCCACUGGUCAGAGCUCUGGCCUCCAGCUGACUGUAUGACAGAACCACACUGUCCCUCCCUCCCCACCCUCA